AUGAAGAGGCUGAAGCUCAGAGAGCCAGACUCCCACCACUGCUGCCACCGUCGCCGCCAGGGGGAGGCGGGCCGUGAUCCAAAGGAAACAGAACAGUUGAGAAAACUGUUUAUUGGUGGUUUGAGAUUUGAAACUAUGGAUGAUAGUUUAAGAGAACAUUUUGAGAAAUGGGGCCUAAUCACAGAUUCUGUGGUGAUGAGAGACCCCCAAACAAAAUGUCCCAGAGGCUUUGGUUUUGUGACUUACUCUUGUGUUGAAGAGGUGGAUGCAGCAAUGUGUGCUGGACCACACAAGGUUGAUGAGCAUGUAGUAGAACCAGAGGGAGCUGUUUCUAGAGAGGAUUCUGUAAAGCCUGAUGCCCAUCUAACAGUGAAGAAAAUUUUUGUUGGUGGUAUUAAAGAAGAGAGAGAAUAUAAUUUGAGAGACUGCUUUGAAAAGUAUGGCAAGAUUGAAGCCAUAGAAGUUAUGGAAGACAGGCAGAGUGGAAAAAAGAGAGGAUUUGCUUUUGUAACUUUCGGUGAUCAUGAUACAGUUGAUAAAAUUGUUGUUCAGAAAUACCACAAUAUUAAUGGGCAUAAUUGUGAAGUGAAAAGGGCCCUUUCUAAAAAAGAGAUGCAGUCUGCUGGAUCACAAAGAGGUCGUGGAGGUGGAUCUGGCAACAUUUUUGGCGGUGGUGGAAACUUCGGUGGAAGAGGAGGCUGUGGUGCUGGAGGUGGCAGCAGAGGUAGUUAUGGAGGAGGUGAUGGUGGUUAUAAUGGAUUUGGAGGUGAUGGGGGCAACUAUGGCAGUGGUCCUGAUUAUAGUAGUAGAGGGGGCUAUGGUGGUGGUGGACCAGGAUGUGGAAACCAAGGUGGUGGAUAUGGUGGGGGUGGUGGAGGAUCUGAUGGUUACAAUGAAGGAGGAAAUUUUUGCGGUGGUAACCAUGGUGGUGGUGGGAACUAUAAUGAUUUUGGAAAUUAUAGUGGACAAGAGCAAUCAAACUAUGGACCCAUGAAAGGGGGCAAUUUUGGUGGGAGAAGCUCGGGCAGUCCCUAUGGUGGUGGUUAUGGAUCUGGUGGUGGAAGUGGUGGAGAUGGUAGCAGAAGGUUCUAA